AUGCUCGUAUUUCGAGAUUCUCAUACCAAGCUUACUGUCUCUCUCAUAAUGAUGCCGAUUUCGAUCAACAUUGCCGUCCAGAAGCCGCUCCCCGGGGUCGAGCCUGACACGACCAGCACCAAGACGGUUCAGCGGCAGUCCAUGCAACAGCCGGCAAAUCGGCUCAGGUUCGACCUGAAAUGCCGCUACUACGCAACUCGAGAUGAUAUUCCCCAGUGCUUGACAUCAUUGUGGAGGUAUCUGCUUCUCCCAAAGCACCAAAAACAACUGGCAGGAUGGGAGUUGCUGGGGAGAAGGUUGAGACGUGGGCAAAAUAUCGAGGACAAGACGCCGAAGAUUGUAUUUUUGGAAAUGAGGUUUGCUCAUAUUUGGCUGACCUACGACCAAAUGGGCGUUGCGAGACGUGCGUUUUUGGAUACUAUGGAAGCCCUUAGAGACAUCAUGUCAGGGUUGGCAAGGGCGAAUGCCGACGAGCGAGGCACUCUCGAUUGGAGGAAGGUUUUUUCGUUUGCUUGUCAUCCUCGCAUUGCCAGUGACUGUAAAAGGCCGUGGGGCAUCGAGCCAGCAGGAUAUUACUGUCACCCUCUCGAACAGGGUGGGCCAAGUGGUAGUGCGCAGAAGGCAACCCAGGAGCUUCUCCUCAAGUACAUGGAGGUGACAGAUCCCGUUUGUGGAAUGAAAUUGGCAACGACCUCGAGUUCCGUCGCCCUUCGAGAGGCUCGCAGGCGAGUUGACCGGAGCGACGACAACACACAACCUCUCUGGAAUGCCAUUAUGUUUUCUUCGGUUCUCGGGCCCAACCCUCUUCAGCUCGAUGUUGACUUGGCCGUCUUCACAACAAAGAAGGUCGUCAAGUGGUACGACGAGCUUCUUUCCUUGUGUAAGGUUGCUGUGCAAUCUCAAGGCAUUGAGAGUCGAGUGGACAUUGCGGUCGCCCUUGCUAAAAAACUGCAAGUAGCGUCUGAACGGGGGGACGCCGCAUCAGAUAGAGUGUCGGUCACAUCCGAGUCCGCGUCUGAGAAGACUCUCUGUGGUGAGAAAGAUUGGGGUUUAGGCAAGGUGACUGUUGUUGAAAUCGAGGAUGUCAGGGAUUCGGCGAGGUACGAGGAUCGAGAGGAGCUGGCUCAGCCCAGAAAGGCAAGAUGGUGGAGAAGAGCGCUGGCAUCUUUCGUCACCAAAGUCCGGGCCUCGCAUCGCCAACGGCAACAGGAGGAGGCAAACAAGCUCGCAGUGGCGCAACGACCCGGAGUUACCAUGGUCGAGGUUAGCAAAGUGACGACUGUCAAUAUUGACCACUUGUCGUGUGAGCGACGGCGGACACAGGCGAUCCGCGAGAAAGUGGGCAAAUUGAACCGGGCAGACGAUGCCAUGAUGCAGGGAGUAAGAGAUAUUUUGGAGCGCAGCAAGAAACUCAACAAGGAGCUCAAAAGCUUGCAAAAGGACCUGAUGAAGUACGCCUAUCGUCGCUCGCGUGGGGGUAUGUCCUUGUGGGCUCCUGAAGAAGCGCGUUUGCGGGGCUCAACGUUCUGGCAGCAGCAGCAGGGACAGCACGGACAGACCCUUGAUGCAGACAGCGCGGCGGGAAGGCCUUGGGGCGCGCCGUUGGACGAUCAUCGCUGUGGCUACGAUACCCUGCAGCCUAGGGCGUUUUCUCUGUCUGCCAUUCUUUGCACAAGGCGACGUGCGCAGGCCAUGGAGACAGGAAAUGGCGAAAUAACGGGCUUGUCCAUUUGGCGUCGUCACAUUCUCCUAUUUCGUGGAAUGCUCUUGAUAAAUCUUGUUUCCCUCGUUCGAUACCUCAAUAUUCGGGGAUGUGCGCCCCUGAGAUGA